AUGUCAUUAAUAUCGUUAUCCACGGUCAAUGAGUUGACCACAAUAUUCACUUUAAUUAUCAUUUCUUAUGUAUCAUAUUAUUAUUACAAAUAUUUUACAAGAAGAAAUCCACUUCCAGGUCCUUUACCACUUCCAUUAAUAGGAAAUAUUCAUAAUCUUAUAUUGUCGGGGGAUACGGCAGAAUAUUCCUUGGCAUUACAAAAAAAGUAUGGUGAUCUUUUUGAAAUAUAUGUUGGAUCAGAAAGACACAUUUGGUUAAAUAGAAGCGAUUUGAUUGAAAAACUUUUUAGUUCAUCUACAAAAACACCAUUUAAUAUUAGAUCCGCUAGCGAAGGACUUGAUGAGCUUGGUAUAACAUCAAAUGGAGUCGGGUUUAAUAAUGAUUUAACCAGUUGGAGGUUUAAUAGAAAAAUUUUAACACAGUCUUUGAUGGUACCAUCAUUCCUUAGACUAUUCGUUGAAUUUACUAAAAAUUCAUUCGAUGAAAUGGAUCAAUAUUGGGAAAACCUCAAUCAAGACUUUAAAUCAUCAUCUUCAACUUCAGUAGAAAAUAUCGUCUUUGACCUUCCAAAUUGGAUGAAAAGGUUCACCACGGAUACGAUAUUUCCAGCUUUAACAGGAAAAAGAUCAUAUACGUUGGCGUUAUAUUAUAAUCGACUUGUCAACUCCAAAGAGUUGAAAACGACGAUUCCAAAAACAUCAUGUGAUUCAGAAGAAUUCAUUGAAGCGAUAAGAACUUGGUUACAUGCACUUCAAUUUUUUUAUUUCAUACCAAAAUUUUUAAGGAAUUACGUUCCUCCAUUUAUGUUUUAUCGACAAAAGUUUUUAAAGAGUAUGAGUUGGACGAAGAAUGAAAUAUUGAAGAUUGUGAAGGAGACCAGAAAUGAAUUAAAGGAGGGAGGCAGAACAUCAAACUCUGAUCUACUUACACUAUUUUGUACUACAAAUACCGAAAUGGAUUCCAAGCGGAUCAAUAACAUUGAUGAAUUUUCCAGACCUUUAACCGAUGAAGAAAUUAUGUAUAGUAUGUUUGAUGUAUUGACUGGUGGAAUUGAUACGUCGGCAAAUAGUUUAUGCUUUAUAGUUUACUACCUGAGUAAACAUCCCCAAUAUAAACGACGUCUUAUUGAAGAAAUUGAUGGUUUAUUAGGACCACCAAAUUCCAUGACCGAAAACCGUCUACUCACCUUGGAAGAUAUCGAUAAAUUGGAAUUCUGUGAAGCUGUAGUGAAAGAAACUGCUCGGUUGAUGCCAGUUGUCCCUUCAGUAUUCCGUCAAUCUAGCUCCAGUAAUGAAUUAGAUGAAGUUGCCAAUAUGAAAUGGGAGAAAGGGGUAACUUAUUUUCAACAUGUACAUGGAAUUCACAUGAAUAAGGCAAAUUGGAAAGAUCCUGAAGAAUUUAAUCCAAAUAGAUUUAUGAAAGACUCAAGCAAGAAAAUUGACAAAAACAGUUUCAUUCCUUUUGGAGGUGGAUUGAGGAUAUGUCCAGGAAGAUAUUUAGCAAUGAUUAACAUCAAAACUUUAUUAGCUUUAAUGUAUUCGAAAUAUGAUAUUAACUUGGUUGAUAUGAAUUCGCCUCUAAAGAAGGCAUAUUCUUUGGUGAAUUAUUGUGUUGAAUUAGAUGUUUACAUAACGAAAAGAAAUGCUUAA